CUAAAUUCGGCUAGAUUAAGAGUUAUCUUGAGUUUACAAGGAUGAUAGAGAAUACCUUCAAUCAAGUAUUCCUCCAUUUCUUCCCCAGGAUGCUGCUAAGAAAAGCUUUUUUUGGGAACACAACAAAACUAUUUUUGAAAGUUAAUCCAAACGAGGCCUUCAGAAAAAACACUUUUUAAUCCCUAAUUCUCGACUCCCGAAGAGAACCCUUUUCACACUCCGUUAGUGGACAUUUCAAGCUCCGGCGAAACUUUGUUUACUAAAUGAAAUAGAGAGAGAGAGUUACCUCCAACGGACAGAACUGGCAAUGCAAGCGGCGAGCGGGUAGCAGCAAUCCGGCGAGGUAUGGCGUAGGGGCUUGGUUGUUCUGAGGAAGAAGAAAUGGUUUCAGAGACAGAUAUACCUCCGACGACAAGUACCGGUGAUUUCUCCGGUGAUGUAAAGUGAAGAGGCGACUGAUGAGUUGUUGGGUUUAGUCUCGGCAUUCUUAUUUCUGAACUCUGAAGAAGAAGAAGAAGAAGAAGAAGAAGAAGAAAAGGGUUCACUGUGAUAUGUAACAGAGCAACUGAGGAAUGAGGAUUUACAGAUCAUCUGUAGGAGAAGACAACUUGAAGCCUUGAACCCACAUUUCACAGAGAACACAAGAUUUGUCAUCUAAUCUACGCCUCAGAGUAGGAGCUACGAACCUGCGAAGUGUGUAAACUAUGGAAACCAAGGUUUCUCUGUGACUCCCUCUCUCUCUCUCUUCCCCCACUUACUGCUUCUGCCUUCUAGUGCUACCAAGGUCAGAGUAAUGCCCCUUUAACAACCAAUCUGUUGCUGGGGAAAGUGGAAAAAGAGAAUCUGAAAACGAUGAACGCAUCAAAUUCCAAUCAAAUCUCGGAACAAACCUUCUCAAUACCCCAGAUCACAAUGCAGAACAGUCUCCGGAUCCUCAAUCCACAACCAAACCAUGACUCAGACCCUACUCCUAUCGCUAACCCUAAUUCGUUUCCACUGCCCUCACUUUCCAUCCCCAUAAAGCGAAAGCGGGGCAGGGUUUCUCGCAAGCCCUCCUCUCUCCCUCUCAAUAACCAGGUUUUUCCGCCAUUUUCUCUUCUCUACGGCAUCGUUAAUGGUAGUAACGAACUUGUUUCUUCUCCUUUUUCUUCUUCUAUGUCUCCUACCAAACCCUUGCCCACCACUAACAUAGAGAACUCGACAACUUCUCAAGCGCCUGGUGUCACUCCGGACAUCUCAGAGGAGAUCAUUGUCAUUAACAAAGAAGCCACUGCCGAAGCUCUCAUUGCUUUCUCCGCUGGCUUCCCCGCAGAUUCCCUCACCGAAGAGGAAAUCGAAGCCGGGGUCGUCUCCGUCGUUGGAGGUAUCGAGCAGGUUAAUUACAUAUUAAUCAGAAACCAUAUCCUCAAUAAAUGGAGAGAAAAUGUGUCCAUCUGGCUCUCCAAAGAGUCUUUCGCUGAUUCUAUACCCCCGCACUGCGAUGCCCUCUUGAAUUCCGCUUAUAAUUUCUUGGUUUCUCAUGGGUGCAUUAAUUUUGGGGUCGCCGCUGCAAUCAAAGAGAAGAUUCCGGCAAAGGCCACCAAGCCAAACGUGAUUGUGGUCGGAGCUGGGUUGGCUGGUUUGGCCUCUGCGAGGCAGUUAAUGGCUUUUGGGUUUAAGGUGGUCGUGUUGGAAGGCAGGAAACGGGCUGGUGGACGGGUCUACACGAAGAAAAUGGAAGGCGCCAACAGAAUUGCAGCUGCAGAUUUAGGGGGUAGUGUCUUGACUAGUACUCAAGGGAACCCACUUGCGAUUUUAGCUAGGCAGCUCAUGUAUUCUCUGCAUAAGGUGAGGGAUAAGUGCCCACUUUACGGGCCAGAUGGGAAACCAGUUGACACGGACGUGGAUUCCAAGGUAGAGACAGCAUUUAACAGGCUCUUGGACCAGGCGAGCAGGCUCAGGCAGUUAAUGGGAGAGGUCUCUGUGGAUGUCUCUUUGGGUGCAGCACUGGAGACCUUCAGGGAGGUCUUUGGGGAUGCAGUGAAUGCUGAAGAGUUGAACUUGUUCAAUUGGCAUCUUGCGAACUUGGAGUAUGCUAAUGCGGGUUUGCUCUCGAAGCUCUCACUCGCAUUUUGGGAUCAAGACGACCCUUAUGACAUGGGAGGGGAUCACUGUUUCUUGCCAGGAGGAAAUGGAAGAUUGGUUCAGGCAUUGGCAGAGAACUUACCCAUCCUUUAUGAGAAGACCGUGCAUACAAUCCAAUACCGUAGUGGAGGAGUGCAGGUUCUUGCAGGGAACCAGGUUUUUGAAGGCGAUAUGGUGCUUUGCACAGUCCCGCUUGGGGUGCUCAAGAGUGGUUCAAUCAAGUUCAUUCCUGAACUGCCUCAGAGGAAGCUCGAUGGAAUAAAGAGGUUAGGAUUUGGGUUGUUAAACAAGGUGGCAAUGUUGUUCCCCCAUGUGUUUUGGGGUACUGAGCUUGAUACAUUUGGGCACCUUUCAGAUAAUCCCAGUCGUCGUGGGGAGUUUUUCCUGUUCUAUAGCUAUGCCAGUGUGGCUGGUGGUCCUCUCUUGAUUGCUUUAGUAGCAGGAGAAGCUGCGCUCAAGUUUGAGAGCAUGCCCCCUACUGAUGCUGUUACCCUGGUUCUUCAGAUCCUCAAAGGUAUUUACGAGCCACAGGGAAUUGAUGUUCCUAAGCCCAUUCAAACUGUCUGCACCAGGUGGGGUUGCGACCCCUUCAGUUUAGGUUCCUAUUCCAAUGUUGCAGUGGGGGCAUCAGGUGAUGAUUAUGACAUCUUGGCUGAAAAUGUUGGAGAUGGGAGGCUUUUCUUUGCAGGGGAGGCCACAAAUAGGCGAUACCCUGCAACCAUGCAUGGGGCAUUCCUGAGUGGUCUGAGGGAAGCUGCGAGUAUGGCACAUCAUGCCAAUGCUCGAGCCUUGCAAAUUAAAGUUGAGAGAAGCCCGUCCAAGGACGCUCAAUCUUAUACUACCCUACUAGCAGAUUUAUUCAGAGAACCUGAUUUAGAAUUUGGAAGCUUUGCUGUUAUUCUUGGACCAAAGUCUGAUCCCAAGUCUAUGGCCAUCUUGAGGGUCACUUUUAGUGGGUCUCGGAAGAAGAGCAAUGAAGGGCCAAAGCCUGAUCAACAACAUUCAAAUAAGUUACUUUUUCAGCAGCUUCAAUCACAUUUUAAUCAGCAGCAACAGCUCCAUGUAUACACAUUGUUAUCGAGUCAGCAGGCGCUUGAACUCAGUGAGGUGAGAGGAGGUGAUGAGAUGAGAUUGUAUUACCUAUGCGAGAAGCUUGGAGUGAAAUUGAUUGGAAGGAGAGGUUUGGGAUCCGCAGCUGAUUCUGUCAUUGCAGCCAUUAAGGCUGAAAGGGGCAACCGUAGACCAAUUUCAACAUCUUUUGCUCUUAAAUCAGGAACAGCAAAGCAAAAACCAAGUUAUUCCAAGCAGACAUGGAUCAGAAGGGCUAAAACAGUGAGUACCAGCAACAAUUCUGCAUCUGUUCCCAGAUGAAACACGGAGAAUGCUUCUUUAGUGAGGAAAAUUGAAGCAUAAAGAAGGGGGUUGGGGGCAACUUUCAGAGCCACUUCGAUCAGCAAGGAAAUCAGUAUAACUGCGAAGUUGACAAGUCAGGUGCCACCACUUUGAAUCAUGGUAAGUCAGGCUACAAUUGUUUGGCUAGUCCUUAUAUGAACUUUCAGACUUUUAAUUGCAAAGAUGAGGCAUAGUUGCGCAGACAAUCGGGCGGUGUAAGUAGCGGUAAAGAUGGAGAGGAAUUUAAGUUCUUAUAAUGUGAAGGAGAAAUCAUCUUAGAAUUAUGAGGAUCAUGAUAUUAACUUUCACUAAAGUCUAGGCUGAGGACUGAUAUGGAAUCCAUUGAUGGGUUGUUUCAGCUUCCUACUACCUAUGUAAUGGUUUAUAAGCCCUAGCAAAAUCUCUGUUAAGCAAGGGCAUACUUGGGUUCUAAAGUAUUGUCACUA